AUGCUCUUUCAAGUCGCUCCCUCUACCUUCGUGCGAGGACAGGCUCUGUGGACUGUUCCUGGAGAGGACGAUCUCUUUGCUCCCUGGGGAAGCAACAAGGCCGCCUAUGAUUAUUCGUAUGCCGGCAUGAGAACGUCAUCCAACACCGGCAUCGCGCCCUGCAACUAUGGCAAUGGCUAUCUGUGCAUGCCGCCAUCCAUCGCGCAAGUGCAGCCCUUCGAGUAG